GACGUGUUCAUCACUUUGAGUGCGAGAAGCAGAAAGAAGUGCAGGAAGACGAAAAUAUUAUCUUAUCUUUUUUUUUUUUCUUCUUGACGCGUCGCUCGCUUCCGACGUCCAUGUUGCCGCGCGCGACUCGGGACUGAAACUCCCGCCGGCGUCCUGCGAUCCUCCUCCGCGUCCUCCUGUGCUCCCCGGCGGCGUCAUGAACUUGGAGCGGAUCUCCGAGCUUCCUCCGCCGCCUCCCGCGCCUCCUCGCCGGGACGCCAAGUUCCACCUGCAGCCGCGGAGCUCCGACGCGACCAGCAGGACUUUGGACAAUUCCAGCUGCGAAUCUUCCGACGCUGAACUUGCAGAGAAGGAGCGCGCCGAGCAGCGCAGGAGCGACGAGGUGAGCGCGGAAGACCCGAAAAAGAAGAAGCAGCGGCGGCAGAGGACUCACUUCACCAGCCAGCAGCUGCAGGAGCUGGAGAACACCUUCCAGAGGAACCGCUACCCCGACAUGAGCACCCGCGAGGAGAUCGCCGUGUGGACCAAUCUCACCGAGGCCAGAGUCCGGGUGUGGUUCAAGAACCGGAGAGCCAAGUGGCGGAAGCGCGAGCGGAACCAGCAGAUGGAUUUGUGCAAGAACAGCUACCUGCCGCAGUUCGGGGGCUUGAUGCAGCCGUACGAAGACAUGUACCCGGCCUACACCUACAACAACUGGACCAACAAAGGCCUGGCCCCCGCCCCGCUCUCCGCCAAGAACUUCCCCUUCUUCAACUCCAUGAGUCCGCUCACUUCUCAGUCCAUGUCCAUGUUCUCCUCCUCGCCCGCCUCCAUCUCGUCCAUGAGCAUGGCGGCGUCCGGCAUGGCCCACUCGGCGGUCCCGGCCAUGGCGGCCCCAAGCCUCAACAACAUCGGCAACCUGAACGGGAUCGCCGGCUCCGGUAUCAACUCGGCCAUGUCGUCUACGGCGUGUCACUACGGACCUCCGGGCUCCCCGUACGGCGUGUACCGGGACACUUGCAACCCGGGCCUGGCCACCCUCAGACUCAAGUCCAAGCAGCACCCAACCUUCGGCUACGGCGGCCUGCAGAGUCCGGGAUCCGGUCUCAACGCCUGCCAGUACAACAGCUGACACCUUGCGGAACAGGAACACACCUGAACGGGACCGGACCCACUCUGUCAGGUUCUGGGUCUUCUUUUACCCCCCCCCUCCCCCCUCCAGUGGAUUUGGUUUUUGGUUUCUCAAGAUUGGAUCAUGCGGGUCUUCAUGGGACUGCCUUGUACAAACUUGUAAAUAUACGCAUAGGACUGUACCCCGGGGACAAGUCUCACCCUUAAAAACUGGCAGCUCAGUCACCACAGUUUUACCGGAAGGUCUGGGGACCACUUGGACCACUUGUUUUGAUUCAUUCUAAAAACACCCAACAAUGUCAAAUAAACUGAAGGUGGAAUAUCAAAGCAAACAGAUGUCAUGUAACGAGAAAAAGUAGAGAUAACACAAAGCUAACGCGUAUAGACUAAUAUUUUCUUUCGAAAAUCGCUUUUGGAAGUUAAAAAUGUCAAAAUUGUCAAAUUUUCAGUGGAAAAAGUUUAGACUCAUUUACACAAAAUUAUGGAGAAAUUGUACCGCUGUUAUUUUUACAGUAAGAGCCUGACGAUUGAGCUGCCAGGGGUUUUACUGUAAAAUAUACGGCAGUUGUUUUUACAGUGCAUUACUGUAAAUAAAAAAAUGGUACCACGGUUAUUAUUACGCCAAAACUGUCAACUUAGCUGUCAGGUUUUUUUUUACAGUAAAAUCAGAGUUAUUUUU